AUGGUUCUGUACUUUGAGUCUCGAUCAAGUCGCUACGAUAGUCGCAUGUAUACGCUAGCUGCCAACCAUGCAGUGUGCGAACCGUGGGAAGAUCGAGAAAAUGCUGCAAAAGAUCCACCUGUGAUCGCAACUUGUAUCGAACUGGUUGACGCGGAUGCGGAUCAGCGCAAUCACAACGAGAAGUACGGCUUUGCUUUCCAAGCACUGCUCAUGAUGAUUCUCCCCAACAUACGAAUCUUGCAAAUGGGCUGCUGGGAGAAACCAGAAGGGCUUGAAUUCAUCGAGCGGGACAUUAAAAAGCGAAUGCAGCAGGGACCCCAAGAAUCUGCUCAAGGCGCCAUGGGAACAGCAUUUCAUCUGCCUCUCUCGUACCUCCAUGAACUGCGUAUCAGGCCGCUCUACCAAAGUCCGCAGAAGCUUUGGCGACGAAGAUACCGCCUGGAAGAGGAGUGGCUGGCCAAUCCGUCCGAAGGCUCUGCAGACAAGGGAGAGAGACGCAAAGGAUUGCCUCGAAACAAGGGUUUCGUUCCCGCACGCUCUUUUGGCCCACCGUAG